GGCCAAAAUUUGUAGCAAGAUUCGUACUUCCAAACAACUUGCACUUCUCAUCAUCGGAACCACCACACAACCACCACAACCGUCACACAACCAUCGCCAUCUUACAACCAUCACCACAGCCGCACAGCGUACCUUCACCACAACACAGCACAGCACAAUGCUAUUCUCACUUGCCAGCAAACGUUCAGCAAUUCCAGCCGUCAUCCUUCUAAUUCUCGUCGUCGGGGUAACAUCCGGGGUUACCCGCACCUUCGAGGGUGAUCUACUGUGGGGCUGCAUUGGCGGCGCGGUAUUGUUGGGGAUGUCCGGUUGCUUUAUUUUCGAGGUCCACCGCGGCUGGGGCGAGUGCUGGAACGGGGUCGACAUUUCUCGCGGUAAGAAGACGGGACGGGACAUCUUUGAGAUUGUCGAGGACGAUAAGAAGGAGGGGUUUGCAAGGAAGAUCAGCCUGAGGAGGAAGGGGUCUGCAAGGGGGAAGGGCAUCAUUGUGGGCGGAUGAGGGGAGGGAGAAUGAAAUGACGGGAUUCUGGAGUAUGGAUACACCUACAGGAUGAGAAUCAUCUGAGGCAUGGGUUUACAGCAUGCUCUAUCCGGUCAACUAAGAGUGUUUCUCUCUUCAUAUCUUGUUC